CAGACUCGAACAGCAGGCAUCCACUCGUAUUCAACAGGCUAGACACGAACUGGCUGUCAGUUUGACAAGUUUAUAUAUAUUAUCACAAUUUUCAUACGCUAUUUCGACGUGAAAACAUGUCUCGUUCUUUGUUAAAGCUGGUGGUUUUAGCUUUUGUCUAUUUAUCGCACGGAAGCCAGGCUAAGCCGUGUAAUGGCUCGGCGAAAUAUACGUUGACUUUCAAAGGAGAAUGGUCUAAAGCGUCUCAUCCAAAAGACUUUCCUUCGAAUCCCCAUUUCUCGUCCGUUGUCGGUUGCAGCCAUAAAAGUACAUACGUAAUGUGGAGACCAGGGCAAAACGCGACCAAGGGAGUGCAAAAUUUGGCAGAAACAGGUGCUUACUCUGAAUUAAACAAGGAGAUGGACAAACAAAUAUCGUUGAAGAAAGCUCACAGUAGAUACCGUGGUGCAGGAAUCAGUCCUGGUACAGCAAGUCGAAUAGUCACUAACAUUGAAGUCACCUCAGAAUAUCCUCUUGUGUCCUUCAUUACCAUGAUAGCGCCCUCACCUGAUUGGUUCGUUGGUGUUCGCGACUUUGAUUUAUGCGACACAACAUCCGGGGAAUGGCUUGACUCGAGAGCACGUGACCUUCCCCCGUACGAUGCAGGAACUGACAGUGGGCUCAAAUUUGACAGUUCUGAUGACCCAACCUCGCCACAUAUGACUAUUCAUCUUCUCACAAAUAACACACCAGGCUCCUUUCAAGACGAUAAGCCCGUCAAAAGAUUUGGAACUUUCACCUUCAAGAAGCAGACUUCGGAACCAACAGGCACAGCUAACCCAUGUACAAACUUCAAUGUAUCUUUGCUUUUGAUGUUAUGUUUCCUAAACAUCAUUCGCAUUCUAUAAGCGUUCAUAUGACACUUUGAACACAAGACCGAUAAAAUAUUGACUGACGCUAGUUAAGUUUUAGCUUCCAAUAAUGUGCCUAACAUCAUAGAGUCAAUUAUUUUCUUCAUAUCUUCACAAAAUUAGUUUAAUGAAAUCGUACGACAUGCUUGAUGCUCAUGUAUAUCCGAUGUUAAUACGUUUUAACGCGCACUGAACCUUGCCUGUAAUCAGUAUAGUUCUUUAAUAAAAAGCGUGUAAAAUUGAUCGAUCAUUAAAAAAACAAUCAA